UACAAACAUAUUACGUAAACGUUUAUGCUGUUUUCCACGUAUACCCCACAGCUCUUUGAAUAUUGCCAUUAUCUGUGCAUGUACUGCUGAAAAAUGCAUAAGCUUUAUGGAUUUUGUUUGUUUAUCAUCUUACACUUUAGUAUGGUGCACGCCGGAGGGCACUUGUCCAUUAAAUUGAUAAACUACAUCAACUCAAGCGGCAAGGGUAGAAACAACCGGAAGUGUGAUGGGAGGUUUGGUAUCACCUUCUCCGCGUGCGAUCAUCGCUUCGUCAUUUGUGCAGACAAACAGACAGGUGGUGAUUCAAUGGACACGUGCUAUUUUGGUCGCAUGGAAACUCCCGUAUUCCCGAACGCAGAUGUUCUCUCAUUUCCGAACGAGAUCCGAGGGAUGAAAAACCCGAUCUUGUUCAACGUCUCAUCAUGGCCUGCUUCGGGAACUUUUAAACUAAAAUUUGACAUCUGGGACUAUGAUAGACACAGCAGAGAUGAACAUGUGGAAUAUCUGUACAAGAAGCUUACCAUAAAACCAAGUGGUCACAUACACAACUAUACAGGUCAACGGUUCAUGCUUCAUAGUAGAACGAGACUGACUGUGGAACUAGCCGUAUUUUGUGACGAGUAUUAUUUUGGACAAUCGUGCAACAUCUAUUGUCAGAAGAAUUCAAUAGAACAUUAUCUGUGUGAUAGUAAUGGCCAGAAACACUGUAUGAAAGGUUGGAGAGGUCCUGAGUGUCGUCUCAUUGAUCACUGCGCAGACUUGCCGUGCCGGAAUAAUGGAAAGUGUCUACAAGAGCAGAAUGCCUUCCUUUGUGAAUGCCAGAAUGGUUACGCAGGAAACAUUUGCGACAUUCAACUUUGCAAAGACAACAUCUGCAAAAAUAAUGGAACCUGUUACAUUGUAAAUGAUACAAACGUCUGCGACUGUACCUCGAAAUGGACAGGUGUAAGAUGUGAGACUCUUCUUCGAAGUUGUGAUGAUUUCAAUUGCUUCAACAAUGGAACAUGCGAAGAUGUUUUGGAUAAAUUUCGGUGUCAUUGCGAAGUUGGUUGGCAAGGAGACGCGUGUUUGCUAGAUAUAGAUGAGUGUCGGGACGACCCAUGUCAGGGACAUUCUAAAUGUGUCAAUACAAACGGAAGCUACCAAUGUGAACCUGGAUGGACCGAUGAACACGUUAAUGAAUGCGAGAAAGAAUCAUGUCCAUUGAAUAAUGAAUGUGUUAACACAAAGGGAAGUUCCUGGUGCCGUUGGGUAGAAAAUUGGGCCAAGGGAAUUUGUAACAGACACAGUGUAAAAUGUUCCCUGUAUACAUGUCGGAGUAACAGUACCUGUAGAUUAUGUGGAAACGGGAGAGAACCUUGCGCAGAGUUAGAGCGGAGCCCGACCUGCACAAGUAAUUGUUGGGCACUAGACCAGUGCAAUGUUCCAGCUGUUGGAAAGUGGACGUGUAGAUGCGCAACAGACGAUAAUCGCGAGGUCACUGUUUUUGAGCUUUGCUCAACCAAUAAUGGCAUAGGUUACUCUCAUGUUGUUUUCCCCGAUCCUCAUCUAAGUAGAAGUUCAGAAAGCUUUACACUCUGUACAGGAGUUAACCUCACUGCCACUGCCAUUUCUGAUCCAGGGAAUCUUGAUCAGAAAGAGACAUUACACGUAAUUAGUGAUGCAAAGUAUGCAACAUGGCUGCGGGACCGUUUGGAAAACUGUUCACGACAUUUGGUUAGAUUGCAAGAAAGAAGUAACGAAAGCCCUGGUCGUGUUAACGAGGAGGAGGGCUCCGUAAGCUGGUAUCCAUUAUCCGGUCUCGUGGUGGUUCCCCUUGUUAUCGUCAUCGUCUGCUGUAUCGUGUUUCGCAAAAAGUUAAUGAAAUCUGGAGGAAGCGGGGAGCAUUUGGCGUUAAGCAAAUCCGUGUACACCGAAAUAGACAAUUAAAGCAUAUGGAAAUGUC